GAGGCGUGUACUCUGGAACGCUCGUGAAGAAGAUCUCCCAUCAUCCUUCAGCCAUGUACACGUAGCGCCUGUAGCAACUCUACUUUGCCCGAACUAACGACAACUCCAGAGUCUGUGUACUUUUUUGGAUUGUCAUACAUGUUUUGUCGCUGACAUAAAUGCACUAGGGUGCGGGCCUCACAUGACUGUGUCCGGAGAGAGGAGGACUAUUCUCGGAUGAGAGCACAGUGAAGUCUCCGAACGGAGAGCGGCUAACUCUCCGUUAGCUUUAGCAAGAGUUUGUUUACAUCGCUGUCCAACAUGUACACGUUAUUAUCAGGCUUAUACAAGUAUAUGUUCCAAAAGGACGAGUACUGCGUCCUUAUCCUGGGACUAGACAACGCCGGAAAAACGACCUUUCUGGAACAAACUAAAACAAAAUUCAGCAAAAAUUACAAAGGAAUGAAUCUUUCAAAGAUAACAACGACAGUUGGUCUGAACAUCGGCACCAUCGAUGUGGGCAAAGCUCGGCUCAUGUUCUGGGAUCUGGGAGGUCAGGAGGAGCUGCAGUCUCUGUGGGACAAAUAUUAUGCGGAGUCACAUGGAGUCAUCUAUGUAAUUGAUUCAACUGAUGAAGAGCGACUAUCUGAGUCCAAGGAGGCUUUUGAAAAAAUGAUAAGCAGUGAAGCAUUAGAAGGUGUUCCAUUGCUGGUGCUUGCCAACAAACAGGACGUACCGAACUGCUUAUCUGUGCCUGACAUUAAAACAGCCUUCAGUGACUGUGCCCCCAAGAUUGGCAAAAGAGAUUGCUUGGUUCAGCCAUGUACGGCCCUCACAGGGGAUGGGGUGAAUGAAGGCAUUGAGUGGAUGGUGAAGUGUGUGGUGCGGAACAUCCACCGGCCGCCCAGACAAAAGGACAUCACUUAGCUCCUCCUGGUCCACCUGCACUUUAGCACUCACAUUCCACCUGUGGCUGGAACUGGUCUACCACCUUCUGUUUGUUUGCUGUGACUUUAGACACUGUUUUCGCUACAAGUUCAUCAUUAGCAGAUGGAGGACAGGGUCCCCAUGAAAUCAGCAGAACACUGACAGCAACCUGAUAAGUGUUUAUUGUAUUAUAUUGUUACAGAAAGGAAUUGUAUCUCACACCCACUUCAUCUCAAAUUCUAAAAAAGCUGUUGUACUUUUGUAUCAUAAUUAUUGUGUCUAAGUUGGAUUUCUUGAUUAAAUAUACACAUUUGAAGUACCUUAUAAUUGUAUUAGCUAUAUUGUAGAACCAUUUUAAACAUCUUUGUAACAAUUAUGUAAAGCUAAACACAAGAUUAAUUUCAAAUAAAUUGAAACGGUGGUAUCUGGAAAACCGUAUAUACAACUUUCCGAAUGGAGGUUCCAAUCAACAAUGCACCAAGUCGUUUGCUCAUGCCAGAGCAAUGGCAAUUCUGGAAGCUGUGACGUAAGGAACACUAUGAAAUCCAAAAAAUGGUAAAGAUACUUUGUAUCAAGUAUCUUAAGAGCAUUACAUUUUGAAGAACUACUUAAGCAACUUUUGAAAUGGUUUGUGAUCAAAAUACUGAGUCGCAAAUGGAUUAAGUGAGAGUGUUCUCAGCAUCCAGCCACAAGCAUAUGAACGCACACAGGUCAGAAGAAUGGAUUGAGGAUUUCUGCAAGGGUGGUGCUAAAACUACCUGAUGUGCGCUUCAAGCAGCAUAUGGAUGCAUACAUACUUAAUAUUUUGUGGGUUUGGUGUUGGCAAGAGAUGUCAUGUUUUAAUGGCAGCAUUUAAAUACAAGGUUGUCACUCAUUUACUACCUUGUAUUAACCUUUUGUAUUACAAUUGGUGUUUUUCUUGUCUCUUAAUAAAGGAUGAUACAAACUUGGAAAAACCAAAA